AGGUGAAAAAGUCAUUUUAAGUCACUCUCGCUGACAUGACACUCUAAAUAGGAAAAAAGCUAUCUCUCCCAUGGUGUUUCCGUAAUAAAAAAAUUAGAAGAGUGGUAUCUCGAUAGUGCCACUCGUAAGAGUGGCAAAUAGUUAAAAAAAACCCAUAUUCCUUCCGUCGUCUCCGACUCCGAACAUCCUCUCCGGCGGCCGGCGGCCAUCGUCGUUGCCUCUCGGUACUCCCGCCCAUGACCGCUGCCACGACCUAGCAAUGGGGAGGCUUUCCUGUAUCAAACGCCUUCCUCGAUUCGCUCUCCGGCGCGGCGUCUCCGAUGCUUUCCUCCGUCCCCUUCUCCGCACCGCAUUCCUCCUCCGCCGCCGCCGCCGUCUCAGCACCGCGGAGAGCACUCAUCCUCCGCGGCGGGGACGCUUCCGUCGGGACCCCGAUUCUGAUGAGAGCAAACUCGUCUCCCUCGCGCGGCAGCGUGGGGCGGCGGCCGCUCGCGCCAUGUUCGACGGAAUGCCGCGCCGGGACGAUGCCGUCGCGUACGCCGCGAUGGUCGGAAUCCACCUCUGGGACCGGGACCUUCCCCACGCGGAGGCGCUCUACCGUGCGGCGCCACCGGAUUGCCGGGGGAUCCAUCUUGACACUGUCAUGCUCGAUGGGUACGUCAAGGCAGGCCAGGUCGACCGUGCCCGCAGGCUGUUCGACGGAAUGGCGGUGAAGAACGUGGUCGCCUGGACAUGCAUGGUCUCUGGAUAUUGCCGUGCGGGCCUUGUGGACGAAGCGCGCCGCCUGUUUGAUUUGAUGCCAUACAGGAAUGUUUUUUCGUGGACGACAAUGGUGCAGGGUUAUGCACACAAUGGGAUGCUACGGGAAGCGAGGGAGAUGUUUGAUAAGAUGCCAGAGAGGAACGUGGUUGCUUGGACAGUGAUGGUUAAAGCCUAUGUUGAUAAUGGUUGUAUUCAGGAGGCUUUGGAGUUGUUCAACAGGAUGCCUCAGAUGAAUUCAUAUUCUUGGAAUGCCAUGGCAACCGGUCUUAUGAGUGCUGGGAAAGUGGAUGACGCGGUUCAGUUGUUUGAUAAGAUGCCACAUAAGAAUGUAGUCUCUUGGACUAUAAUGGUCACUGGCUUGGCACAGAAUGGUUUUGUUUCUAGGGCAAGAGAGUUCUUUGACAGAAUGCCAAAGAAGGAUAUUCCGGCAUGGAAUUCAAUGAUCACUGCUUAUACCAAUGAUGGCCAAGUGAAUGAUGCACAAAGGUUGUUUGAUAUUAUGCCUUCAAAGAACCUGGUGACUUGGAAUAUCAUCAUUGAUGGGUAUUCCAUGAAUAAUCUGAAGGACGAAGCUUUGAGGUUGUUUCUUCUUAUGCUCCGCUCAGCAGUAUCUCCUGACAGCACUACAUUAAUUAGUGUCUUAGUAGUAUCUGAGAGCACAAUGGAGGUUAGACAAAUUCAUGGGUUGUCCACAAAACUGGGGUACCAGCCCGAAACUAACUUAGGAAAUACUCUGGUUUCAAUGUAUUCUAGAAGUGGCGAUCUGUCAUCUGCAUGGCUUGCUUUCAGGAGAUUGAACGAGAAGGAUGCCAUAACAUGGACAUCGAUGAUACAAGCUUUAGCAAACCAUGGGUGUGCACCUUGCGCCUUGCAGGGCUUUGCCCAAAUGUUAAGGUGUGGAUAUAAGCCCAGCUCAACUACCUUUACUGCUGUGUUGUCAGCUUGUAACCAUGUUGGAUUAGUGGAGAAAGGCCGAAAAAUAUUCAAAUCAAUUAGCCAUGUUUAUGGACUAGGGCCAACCAUUGAGCACUACUCUUGCCUUGUGGAUCUCCUAGGUCGAGCAGGGUACGUGAGGGAAGCCAAGGAAGUGGUUGACGGUAUGCAGCGGGAUAUGUGUGAUGAGGCCAUUCUAGGGACGCUUCUGGGAUCUUGCAUGACACAUAAUGAGGUGGAGGUAGGAAGAGCUGUGGGUGAGGAUCUUGUCAAAAUUGACCCCUCUGGUUCAGGAGGCUAUACGCUUUUGGCCAAUGUUUUUGCAUCUGGUGGGAUGUGGAAUGAGGUGGCAAGUGUGUGGAAGAUUAUGAAGGGAAGCAAAGUCAAGAAGACUCCUGGUUUUAGCCAGAUUGAAGUAAACGCAAGGAACCAUGUUUUCUACUCAAGGGACCAGAUGCAUUCACAACGUACAGAAAUUUAUGAGAUGCUAAAUAGUAGGCUUGUCCCUCAGAUGAAGGGUUCAUCAAGUCUAGGAACUGAUUUCUACUGAUCAAAAUGAUUUACUAUAUGCUUUAGAGUCAAGCCCAAAAGGCUAUCAGUACAAUCCUGAUAUUCAUCCUCUGGCUAGUAUGGAAAGAAGCAAGGCAAAGGUGUUCGAAAACAGGUCGUCUUCCAUGCUCACUUCUGGGCUACAGAAGCUGCAAGCGUGGCGAGACAAAGUGGCAUGGAAGUUCAAAACUUCUUUGUGAAAUAUUAGCCUUUGAUUUUUUUUUCCUCAGAGCCUGUGUGCUGCUGUUUCACCGCUUGGGUUGGGUAGCUAUGUAACCAGACUUUGUUUGGGGACAGCUCUCUUUCUAAUGACAUGAUAUGCAAGUUUUUGCAUGUUAUCCCCGCCCUCCCAACACACACACACCCUCCCACCACCCAAAAAAGGUUAAGUAGGUUAUCGAGAGUUGAUCUGAUCAUGUAAGAAUGAUAUAGACUAGCCCGGCUGACAGAUAUCCAAAGGUUUAUGUUACCUUGAUGGGGCUGUUAAUUAUUUUAGGCAGGACAGAAAAGGUUAAUACCAUCAUAUUCAGGAGUCUACCCGGGGUGAUAACUUGAUAUUCCAAUGUAGCACAUUUCUUCUAAGGAUUCUUUCGUGAUGUAUCUAUUUGCAUAUUUAAGUAGCUUUCCCUUCGGUUUUUUGCAUUAUCGAACAGCAACCUGCACACAAUGUUUAUGUAGUGAGUUCGUUUUUGGUCUACUUAGAAAAGAAAAGGAACUUCAUUUCAAAACUGAUGUAGUAAUAAAUAAUGUCUGUUUUAUAUUUUGAUGCUUCAGUUACAUUUUCAAAUAAUUUUAUGUCAGAGUAAUUUCAGUUACUUAUUCUGAGAUACACUUAUGCUGUUCCCAGGUUUAUGGUUUUGAUUUUUCCAUAGAUAAUACCCUAAAAUAUUAUAAUAAACUGAUGGUCUUGCAAUGAGCUCUUGCACCUUCAUACCUAUGAAAUUCUGACUAUUUUCUUCUCUUAGAGAAACCAGCUAUACAAUUCAUUAUUUUUGUAGGAAACAUACAGUUUUUGGCUUUGUUAUCUAGUAGGUAAACUGCUCACCGGUUCUGUAAAACAGACUAAGUUUGAUUCAUUAAUUUGCGGCUGCAAUUUUGUUUACUCCAUAUUCUAGACUGGUUGUGUUUGCCUGUGAAUUUUGGUACUCAGUUUAAUCUAAGCUAGCUUCUGAUUGUUAUUAUUGGAGUCAUGUCUAAUGUUGAUACUGCUUGUUAUGUUCUCCAGCAUAUGGCAGAAAUUGAUCAGCACCAAAUACCGAGGGUACAGGUCACAUUCACAUAAAGGCGUCUGUUCUGAGAUACAGAAGAUGGUACAUUCCAUGAGCCUGGGGUUAGGCAGCAGUAUAUGGUUUAGCCAUGACCAACUAUAUGCACCUGUCGCUGGAUCCCAGAAGUUUUAUGGAUCAGGAGGCCACACGGGAUACAUUUUCUAGCGUGAUCAUGGAAUACCUUUGGAUUAUGCCCUUCUGUAAGACAACCAAAUGAGCAGUAGAAGUUGUUAUCGUAAGACAUUCAGGAUUCUUUCUAUUGCAACGACUAAAUUCAGUAAGCAAGCAAAUGGUAUGCAAACAGAUCUAUGAGGUCAGGCAAGCAAUAAUUUUGUUCAAAAAGGAGGUCAGCAAGCACUAAGGUGGCGUUUAACUGGAAGCUGAAGUAGGGUGGUGAUCAACAUCAUGCUGAACUGUUUGUGUGAAGAAGCUUGAAUUCAUCAUGCUCCUGUAAAUUCCCUCCAUCCUUCAUGAUAUUCGCUUUCAGCGGUGCUUCUGACCUGAUGGUCUUAAGAAAUGUAUGCUUCAGAAGUUUCUCAGUUACAUCAUUGCGAUUUA